AAACAAGACCGGAUGGAACCCUCUUAUGUUUGUCGCUAAGGCUAAUGGAUCCGGAACGGUAAAGCAACACUCCGAAGAUGGCCGGGGUGUUUGAGGUGGAGGUUGAUGGUGUAGAGCAUGACCAUGGAUUGGAGCAUCACGAUGAACCGCACCAGUUUGAUUUGUCCAAGCUUUCACCAGAAGAGAAGUGGAGGGUGGAGCAUGCAAAAAUGCAUGCCAAACACAAAGGCCAUGAGGCCAUGCACGCAGAGAUGGUGUUGAUCCUUAUAGUCACCCUUGUCCUCGCCCAGCUAGUCCUUGUGCAGUGGAAACAGAGACAUCCAAAGUCAUACAAUCUGGUGACUCUGUUCCAGAUGUGGGUAGUUCCUCUCUAUUUUACUACCAAACUACACUGGUGGAGGUUCCUGACCACGUGGUUUAUCUUCUCUGUCAUCACAGCUUACAUCUCCUACCGUGCCACUCGCAAGCCACUGGCCUGCACCACGCCAAGGUUGGUGUAUAAGUGGUUCCUCCUUCUCUACAAGAUCAGCUAUGCCACAGGAAUAGUUGGCUACAGUGUCGUCAUGUUUACACUUUUUGGUAUAAACCUAAUAUUCAGGAUAAAGCCAGAGGAUGCAAUGGACUUUGGCGUUUCACUACUAUUCUACGGUCUGUACUACGGGGUCUUAGGAAGGGACUUUGCAGAGAUGUGUGCCGACUUCAUGGCUUCAACUGUCGGGUAUUACAGUGCAUCCGGCAUGCCAACCAAGCACCUCUCUGACAACAUCUGUGCUGUGUGCGGUCAGCCCAUCCUCGUAGAUGUCAGUGAGGAGGGGAUAAUUGAGAACACGUACAGAUUGUCCUGCAACCACGUGUUCCAUGAGUUCUGCAUAAGAGGAUGGUGUAUCGUUGGAAAGAAGCAGAUGUGCCCGUACUGCAAGGAGAAGGUCGAUCUGAAGAGGAUGUUCAGUAACCCCUGGGAGAGACCACAUGUCAUGUAUGGACAGCUUUUAGACUGGCUUCGGUACUUGGUGGCCUGGCAGCCGGUUAUUAUUGGAUUUGUUCAAGGCAUCAACUACAUCCUGGGCCUGGAGUGACCUGGAGUGACCUGGAGCGACCUGGAGCUCAGAAAUGGACAUACACGCCACACAGAGAAGAUGUGCACUGGCUCAAAAGACUGAGGGCCUAACAUUGAACUAAAACACAAAUUUAAAAAAGGUGUCUAUAAUUUUUGUAAAUAUUUAUAGGCACAUAUCUGUAUUUACAGUUCAUUUGAAUUUUAUUGGUAAUCUUAAUUUGGAUGUCUGUGUCAAUUUCCCAGGAUUGGCUUCACACCUUGAUAUUUGGUUAGUGCAUCUUAUGGCCUAGUAAAGCGGUUCUAAAAAUCAUUAGGUGCUUUUUACUAAUUUAUGUCUUAAGUGUUUGUCAAUUCUUAGUAAAAGGUUUGUGCUGGAGUUUUUCAUCCUCAUGUCUGAUGGCUAUCACACAUGAGUAAUAAAGAUUAAAUGGAAAUGAA